AUGACUGAACACUGCAAUCGCUCCUCCACUGCUGGUUACCGUUCGGUACGGCUCAUUGCUGCGGCACACCCGACCAACUCACAGCAGAAGAUGCGCUUUCUGCUCGUCUGUAGUCGAGGCGACCUCGACGAGUUCCGGAUACCCGAGAUAGAGUCGAUUGCGACGCUGUUCAAGCUCCCCCUUCGCUUCGAGCCCGAUCGCCCGUCGUCGUCGUCGUCGUCGUCGUCCGCUGCUCUGGAGGUACGUAGCAUAACUCAGAUGGUGUAUAACUCAUAUGGCGCACGAGUCACCCUUAGUCACGAGAUGGUUUUCAGAUACUCAUCGGCAUGUGCUCGUUCACACGAACAGAGCCCAUUCGUCGUUAUACACCUCGAUAAUGAGGACCAAGCUCGGCUGCUCGGCAGCCGAUCAAUCGGCAUAAAAUCCAUAUGGCAGCAUUGGGCCGAUGCACCGACCUAUGAACAGCUUUCUGAUCGUCUCAAGACGGAGGAUGCGUUAUGGGUGAGCUUCCUGCGCGCCUGAAAGGCACCACAACAUGACCAGCCUCGUGCAGCUCAGUCCCAGUUCGGCAAAAUUUGACGCUCACCUCUCGGCCGUUCACUCCUAUUGCUUGCAUACCCAUUCUUAACUAUCCCCGUCGUCCAUCAACCUUUGGAUCUACCUCUUCUUAGCGACACCAUGCCGCCUCUCCAACAACGACGUGGAAGUUCUCCGUCACCGGCCACGGUCGCAGCAUCUCUCAGUCGGCGCAACGCCAAGUGAUCAACACAUUCAGCUUCAUGAGCUUUGUCGGCGACAUCCGACUCAAAGACCCUGAUGUCGAGAUCGGGGUCUUUGAGGAGUACGCCAGCGUGAAAGAAGCCGAGUCUAUUCCGACAGGUGGGAUCGUGCGGGACAUGCGGACCGUGUGGAUUGGGCGCAAGGCAAGCACGAAAUGUACAAUCUACGAAAUUUUGUCGAAAAGAUCACUCAUGUUCUCGACGGUUCGAUAGAUCUGUGAUACGCAGCGACAUAUGAUGGAUGUGUUUGACGUCAAGAAGCGGAGCUACAUCGGCAAUACGACCAUGGAGAGUGAGGUGAGUCGGCAGAUGCACCCCAAAUACCUCCUCCUUGCGCCGGGCUGUCGAACUCACGGCCCCUCUACUCGACUUACCUGCACAAGGUCAGCUUGUUGAUGGCUAAUCAAGCGCUCGCAUCACCUGGCAAAUUCAUACAUGAUCCUUUCGGUAGGCGCUGGCCCAAAUGUAGCCCGCGCGUAAGUUCUCGAGCACUGAGCAUCGGCGCACUCGCUACACAGCUGGGACUGGCUCAAUGCUCCUCACCGCAUCUGCUUUCGGCGCUCUGACGUUUGGUUCGGACAUCGACGGACGGCAAAUGAGAGGGAAGAGUAAGCGUUCGUGUUCCUGCAGUCUCGUAUUUCGAUCAUGGGUCUGACCCUGCGCCAUCGUCUUCCUUCGCCGUCCGUGACAGAUUCGAAGAACGUCUACACAAACGCAGAACAAUACGGAUUCCGUAAUCGUAUCGUCGACUGUUGCUCUUUUGAUCUGACCGUGCGUGCUCAAACCUCAAUCGAUUGUAUCGGUAAUGAACUGAUGCAGUCUGUGCUCGGCCCCUUCCUUUGCGCAGCAACACCCCCUACGGACUGGGGAGCUCUUCGACGCCAUCAUGACAGAUCGUGAGUUCUAGAAACUCGGAAUACUGUACAGUACGAUGUUUUGCUGAUGUCACCAUACGCCCUGACCCAAACUUCACCUAGCACCUUAUGGCGUGCGAGCCGGGGCCAAGCGUUUGGGCCGAAAACCAAAUCACCGCGAAGUCCUGCCCACACUGGUGCCAGGUCGCGAAUCUGAAGGGUUUCAUCACCAGUGCGUUGCGGAGACUUCCAGUCGUGUUCUUACGCAUCAAUAUCUGACGCGACCGUGCUGGCAUGUUGCAGAUUACCUGAAUAUGUCCCGCCGUCCGUGCCCUGGGAAAUGUCUCAGGUCAUUCAGACGCUCGUGACCUACUCGCUCUACCUGCUCAAGCCGGGAGGACGCCUCGUCUUCUUCCUACCGACCAACAACGAGGAGUAUCAAGACGUCGACGUGCCCUCGGUCCCUGGCUUGAAAUUGAUUUCAAACAGCUCGCAGAAGUUCGGCAAGUGGGCUCGACGGUUGAUCACGAUGGAGAAGAGUCGUGGCAAGGAGUGGCGGGAAGUGAUCGAGAGGAUUGAUAGGGGGAUCUUGCGGGAGAAUAUGUUCGACUGGUUCAAGGAGCGACAAACGCACAGUGAGGGGAUAGACGGGGAAGGGUCGACAAGAAAACCUGGCCAUGCCGAGUUUGCUAGGAGAUAUUUUGAGCGAUUCGAGUCAGCCGCUACUUGA